GUGUAAGUAAUGUGGAACACCAGUUUUAGUAUCUAAAAGAUCAGCACACUGCCAACACCUGGUCAACUUGAGGUGUUGCAUGAGCUCACUACUUCUUCGACUCAGUCCUCCAUUUAUUUCAAAGGGAAUUAAAAUGUAAUCAAUUGUCUUCAACCCAAUGGUUGAAGUGAUUCAAAUGUUGUAACAGAAGUCCGCCUGAAAGUUCCAACCAUAAAGUAGACUCUGUAAUUCGAUGUACUUAUAGUUUGAAAAACAUCAGAUGGUGUAUUUGAAAAAAAAAAAAAUCACGUUUAAAAACUGGAUUCCUUGUAGUGCUAAAGUAACGGUGAGCAGUAUGGUUGAACAUUGUCUCUACGAGCGGAGUGAAACUGGGGGAAGUUGUUUUUUCACUGAAGGAUUCCUGUAAGCUUGUCACAAAAUAAAAUCAUCGGAGUUAUACAGCACAUUCAUAUAUGAUAGAAGUGUGAUGAACGACUCUUCCAGAAGAUGGCAGUAAUGCAACAGCUAGGAUGCAAAUUCCCAUAAACUCCAGAGAAGAAGAACCGGUUUGUUUCAUUUCUCUUAACCAGAUAGCUUGUAGUUCAACAAUGCAGCAACGCGAGGAGAAGCAGUUGGAAGCCUCGGUGGACUCUCUCAUCUCCCUGGUGGCUCUCACGAAAAACGCUCUGCAAAGUUUCAUCUACAAGCUGGAGAACGAAUACGAGCGACUGACAUGGCCCAAUGUUCUGGAUAACUUCGGUCUCCUGUCUGGUCAGCUGAACACCAUCAAUAAGAUGCUGAAGAACGAGAAGACGCCGUCGUUCCGCAGCCAGGUCAUCAUCCCUCUGGUGCUGUCCCAGAAGCCAGACGACGACCUAACGGUCCUCACAGAGCAGCGUGUCCCGGUGUUCAGCCAUGAAAUUGUCCCAGACUACCUGCGGACCAAACCCGACCCGGAGGUGGAGGAGCAGGAGAAGCAGCUGAGUACAGAGGCGGCGCGCAUCGGUCCGGAUGUAGCGCAGAAACAGAUCCAGGCGCUGAAUAAAAUGUGUUCCAACCUGCUGGAGAAGCUGAACAACCCACGUGAUGACAGAGAUGCAGAAGGUGCCGCGUCCCGAUUGAACAAACCGUCAUUUAACCCCGGAGACACCAACGCCUUGGUCGCUGCUGUUGCGUUUGGAAAAGGCCUCUCCAAGUGUAGGCCUCCGGGUCCCAUGGCUCCUGGACAUCCAGGGCAGGGGCCCAUGAUGAGCGGGGGGCCAACCUUACAGCAGGUCACUAUCGGAGGUGGUGGAGGCCAGCAAGCAGGUAUGGGGGGACCGGUAGCUCCACAGCAGCAAGGACAGCCGGGGAAAAUGCCAAGCAGCAUCAAGACAAACAUAAAAUCUGCAUCUGCUUCCAUGCAUCCCUACAACCGAUGAGCUUUCUGCUUCCUUCCUACCAGCUCAGCUCUUCAAGGAAACAACGGGGCUGGAGGAAGCUUCCCCAGACCAGGGACCUGCAGCCUGUGGCUCCGGAGCCACAGUGGCUCUUACUAACUGAGUCGAUGAAGAAACAACUGAGGUUUUAAAAAUGCAAUAACAAAUACAAGAUUGUUCAUGUUAAUUUCCACAACAGCAUAACAAAAGUAUUGUUCAUUUUUAUUUAGAACUGUUUCUCUUCUCAGGCUGGAAACUGAGAAAAUGUAACCAUUAUAUUUUGGAAAAGGCUUUUUUUUUUUUAAAGUAUGUUAAAGCCUGAAAGCAGGAUUCUUGAGGUUGUGCUUUAAAAAUGACAAUACAUUUUCUGCUGUAUCUAAUGAUCAAAUAUUAUAAGAUGCCUUUUUAUUUUUGAAAGGAUCAUGUAAUAUUUGUGGCUCUAACCAGGUUUAUGUAGUUGGACUGAGGGCAGGAAUAACUGGAUAUUGCAGUUUUGGGAACCAGACCUUCUGUUUGCAGCCACUAGAUGGCACUAUAUCAACAUUAAAAAGCCUCAAAACAACUUUCUAUAUUUACACUGUUCAUAUAAUAUCUAUCUUUUAUUACAUUUUUUCUACAAUAAAUCAAUACAAACACGUCGUUGUUCAGUGACUAGAUUAAAUCAGAAAUAAACCCAGUCCGGAUGGAUUUUGUGGACCAAACAAAAACAUGAAUUUCGCUUCGUUUCUUCUUCAUUCUUUUUUUCUCGCCGCAGCAAAAGUGAGCGUAAUGAGCCCGGACGUCUCUCUGUGUGGCCUGAUAAUGUCAAAGUGUUUAAGGGGGAAAUAAGGAAGUAUUGCUGCUGUCGUGUGAGGGGGUCCUCCCUCUGACUCCCUCUGUGUCCCUUUGUCUCCCUCUGUCUCCUCCAAUCCGCGUCCCGUCCUGCCGGUCAGUCCCAGCGCAGCGGCCGCUCUGCAGUCACUGCGGCCCGGCCGUAGCUGACCUACAUCCCCGCUGUGUGAGCAAACAGGCCGCUGUCUCGCUGCGUCAGGCGCCCCGCUGAGACAGACGGCUCAACGCUGCACAAGGUCACUCUGGGUCAC